AUUUAAGAGGAAGAGAAAUUAUUGUCGACCUCAUACAAUAUUGAUCUCUUUUAAUUAUAGUUUUCAGUUAAUCAAUGUAAUUUAGACAUUUUGCAUCAGAGGGCCUAAUAUAUAGGGAUAUAUCUUUCAAUAUUGUUGUAAUUUCACAUCGUUCGUUGAUAUAACCGAUAGAACAGAACUAAAUAACACAUUAGAGAAAGAAGCAAACGUAAAUUUGUGAAAAUGUCAAGCACCUCUAGAAAAAAGAUACUAAUUGGUUGUACUGGUAGCGUCGCAACAAUUAAAUUGCCACAAUUAGUAGAGAAGUUAUGGCAGAAUAAUUUGGAUGUAAGGGUAGUAGUCACUGAAAAGGCUAAACAUUUCUUGAAAGAAGCAGAACUGCCUCCAGGAAUUCAAGUAUUAUCCGACACUGUAGAAUGGGCAGCUUGGCAAGAUAGAGGCGAUCCUGUAUUACAUAUUGAUCUAGUAAAGUGGGCUGAUUUAUUUUUAAUCGCUCCACUAGAUGCCAAUACUCUUGGUAAAAUAGCCAGUGGCAUAUGCGAUAAUAUCUUAACUUGCGUCGCACGUGCCUGGGAUCCACUGAAGCCUUUGAUUUUUUGUCCUGCCAUGAAUACAAAAAUGUGGGAACAUCCUGUUACUGCACCACAGAUAGCUCUGUUAAAGUCUUGGGGAUAUAAGGAGGUUACAUGCAUUUCUAAAACUCUUAUGUGUGGCGAUGUAGGAAUAGGUGGAAUGGCAGAAGUAGACAGUAUCGUUCAAACUACAUUGAGGUUGCUUAAUCCUUGGGACCCAUAUUCGCCGCCGGAUUUGCGCCUUUAGCAUCAGGAAGUUAAAGUGAAACAUCCAACGAAGCUUUAUCAUCAUACUUAUAACACGUAAAAAAUGUUGCGAAGGAAAGAUAUUUAAAAGCGAAAGAAUAACGCGUACUAUGGUGAAAUAUAAAUAAUUUAUGCUCAUAGCGAAAUUCGAGUUCAGUCGCAAGUAUUGACUUGUAAGAUUACGCUUUCCCGAGGACACUAUGUCGCGAUAUUUUGCUGCUCAAACGAAACGUCUAAAAAAAUUGCUAAAUAAAGCAGAGUCCGUUUGUUCACUCGCCAAAGUAAAAUGUAAAAAAUUGUAAAAAAGUUCUGUUAACAUAUCGUUCAACACAGUAAAUAAACAUGUACAUGUUUUUGUUAAAUAUAUGAGUUAAAUGAGAUAACAUAA